UUUCUGACGGACAUGAACGCGUUUUUUGACCGUGUGCACAACUUCAUCCUCCCGUUGGUGCGAGGGGAGGACGGUGUCUGCGCCUGCACCUGCGGAAGGCAUCAAGUAUAUCAUGUCGUUACAUAUAAUGGGGCCCAGUCCGUGGUGGAUUCCAUAGAAAACCACGUUUUAAGUGACAUCAUGACCUGGCAGGAGAUGAACGUGAUAGGGGGACUGCUCUUGGGUCUCUGCAUCAGCUUCCUCUUGCAGUGGCUGGAAAGGAUUUGGCACUCACGGCUCAAAUAUAGGAGAGAAAACCAUAUGAAUGGUUUGGGUUUCUGGUCAUGGAUGCCCAAAUUCAGUAACACAACGGAGUCGGUGAGGAAGUUACAUCCAAAACUCAGGAAGGACUCAGGAAACAUGCUGCACAUCAAUCAAGAUCUUUGCCAUAAUGUAAUGACACUUGAAGAUAUAAAUUAG